GCAGUGUUUAAUUAUAUAUGCGCCUGCUUGUCGAUUAUAGACGACAAAAAUACGAUUAGAUUUAACGUGUCAAAGGUUAGUGAAUCCAUUCUGACAGCAGUCGAUUUUAGAAAAAAAUUCUCAAUAGAAUUAAAUCAUGUUCAAAAGCAGUAAUGUACUGUUUAGGUUUAUCUAUCGAAAAUCUCAACAUGACUGUUUUAAAAGGUUUUAUAGUAUGGAACCGCUAUUCCCCGGAGCACGAACAACAUGGACGGAUAAACUAGAAUUCACAAAACCAAGUUCGUACAAACCUCUUCCCGUAUACAGGGUGUUGAAUCGUGAAGGAAAAGUAAUCAGGAAUGAAGAAGAGCCUCGUUUGCCUGAUGAAACUUUGAUUAAAAUGUAUAAGGAUAUGACGUUUCUGGGUAUAAUGGAUAAAAUAUUAUAUGAAGCUCAAAGGCAAGGUCGAAUAUCCUUCUACAUGACCAAUUAUGGUGAAGAGGCGUCACAUAUAGGUAGUGCGGCUGCUCUCAGUUUAGAUGACGUAGUUUACGGACAAUACAGAGAAGCUGGCGUUUUACUUUGGAGAGGUUAUAGUAUACAACAGUUUGUUGAUCAAUGUUAUGGAAAUAAGGAUGACGUUGGAAAGGGGAAAUCGAUGCCCGUUCACUACGGUUGCAAUAAAAUUAACGUAGUUACAAUUUCCAGUCCGUUAUGUACGCAGUUGCCGCAAGCUGUAGGGUCCGCAUAUGCUUUGAAGGGUAAAAACAGAGUCGUGAUAUGUUAUUUCGGUGAUGGAGCCGCAUCAGAAGGAGAUGCACAUGCUGCUUUCAAUUUUGCGGCUACGUUAGAUUGUCCCGUGAUUAUGUUUUGUAGAAAUAACGGUUUUGCUAUUUCAACACCGGUUCAAGAACAAUAUAGAGGAGACGGAAUAGCAGCGAGGGGACCUGGUUAUGGUAUAAAUACAAUUAGAGUAGACGGUAACGACGUUCUAGCGACUUAUAAUGCUACUAAAAUGGCGAAAGAAUAUGCUUUGAAAGAAAGUAAACCGGUUCUAAUUGAAGCCAUGACUUACAGAGUAAGUGACCAUUCCACUUCCGAUGACAGUAGCGCCUAUAGAUCACCAGAUGAAAUCAAAUUUUGGACUAAAAAUGAUUAUCCCACUCAUAAAUUUAGGUAUUAUCUAACCGAUAAAGGGCUUUGGGACGAUACAAAACAAAAAAAUUGGCUGGAAGAGGCAAAAAAUGAAGUUAUGAAAGCUUUCAAAGCAGGCGAAGAAAAGCAUAAACGAAGCUGGGAAGUUAUGUUUGAUGAUGUUUAUCAGUAUAUGCCACAACAUAUUAGGAAACAGAAGGAUGGAUUAACACAACAUCUUAAAAACUACAGUCAACAAUACCCAUUAAAUAAAUACGAUCAGAAAUAGUUAUAAUUAAAUCAAAUCUAACCGCACGGCUUAAUAAAUUAUUAUCAAUGUUACAUAAACUUCGAGAAACUAUUUGGACUGAAAAACUAAUAAAAUUCAUUGAAAUAUAA